AUGGGCUUCGUAUGGGCUUCAUUCUGUUUUUGGCUACGGGCUUGAAAUUGGGUUUCAGUUCGAGAGUGGCUUCGUCGCGAGUCGCCUUAAGCCGUAUCAUCUACCUAACCCUAGCUCUACGAAGCCAAGUCGCGAUACUCUCUUCUCUUCCCCAUUUCUCUUCCUCUUCUCUUCUCUUCUGAAUCUGUAGCGACUGUGUAUUUUCUUCACAAUCCGUUUCAUCCAUCAAUUUCGCUUUCAAUUCAAACUUUAUGGUUUCGUUCCAUCUACCCCCUCUCCUCUUUCUUUAUAUAAUGGUUUUUCUCCCGAUUGCGGAUCAAAACUUUAGAAACUCGAUCGAUGGCGAUGAAACCACAUGGGAAGUCCAUUGUCUCCGACUGCGAUGAGAAAGUUGUGUUCUUCAAAGAUCUCUCCCUGGGUCACCACGAAGCGCAGUUGCGGUUUCGGCUCAUCCAUUUCUGGGAGGCUUGGAACCCACUGAAGAAGACGCUCAUCGGCAUGGAGAUGCUACUCAUCGACGAGAAGGUUAAGUAAUCAAUCGUUUGUCAUAAUAUCGUUAUCGUUCUUCACUUAUUUAUUUUUUCCUUUUAUGUUGUGAUUCGCAGGGCACUGUUAUUCAAGGAUUCGUUUCCCCGGGGCGUAUCCAAAAAUAUCUGCCUGAUAUGAAACGAGGAUCUGUUUACAAACUCAACAACUUCUACGGAUCGAGGAACAAAUCUGUGUUUCGGGUUGCUGAUCAUGCCGUUACAGUGUCGUUCUCAUGGAACUCGGAGUUAGCGGUUCUUCUAGACUGUCCCACUCAUUUUGAUGAGGACCGUUUUCGGUUCCAUUCAUGUGAAGAGUUUCAAGCUAACUGCGACCUCAAAGGAGACCUCUACGAUGUUGUUGGCCACAUGAAGUUGGUUAAUGGUCAGAGUAUCGUUGAGGGCCCAGUUCUUGACGAAGUGGAGAUAGCAAAGGCGAGGCGUGUUCUGAUUCAUGUCCAAUCACAUGAUGGACCGGUCAUGAAGUUAUAUCUUUGGGAUCAGGCUGCAAGAGAUUUCUGCAGAAAGUUCAAGUCGUGCGAGGGCACACCCACUGUGUUACUGGUCACGACCGUUAACACGAAGACUCUCGGAGGUACUCUUGCUUUGACCUCAAUGUCCUCUUCGCGUGUGUUUAUGGACUACGAUGUCCAACCUACCAUAGAUUACUUCAGUUGGUUGGGCUCUAAUCCAGAUAUUGCUGAGCAGGUUAAUGCAGAGGUUGUAACCAAGCGUGAGGCAAUGACUAUAGGGGAAAUAUUCUCAUACAUCGGGCAGGAAUUUCCAAAGGUAAAGUCAAUCUAUAUAACUUAAAUCACUAAGAGAAAU